UGUUGGCCACAAACUUGUUCCCGUGACACAAAGACCCCGUGAAUGUGUUGAAAAAAUAUCAUACUCCUGAUUGGUUAUAUAUUGGCUAAUCUAUGUACAUAAGACAAUAUUGCUUAAGGUGAUGGGAUACAAUUUCUACUUAUUAAAUUAUUACUUGUUGUGGAGAUCAGAUUUUUGUUUCUUUGUUAGUUAUGGCGAACACUUGUUGUCCCAUUGAGCUGGAGCCUAGGACACUGAAUCAAGUGCAGUUCACUCAAGCAAGGGAAGUAGCUGCAGAGGUGGUUCAAAAGUUGCAACCACGUGAAGCAUCAGCUCUGUUUAUUGAGGAGGUGAUGCACAUGGAUGAAAACGGAAACCUAACUGAGAAGCUCGUUGAUUGCAUGAAGAAGGCUGAGUCUAUCCCUGAUGACAAAGCUUGCCAUUGCCAGUGCUCGUGCGCUGCUGUAAACCCAUUUAAAGAACCACUUUCUGCACCGUUUUGAUUUAUGCUUUAUUACUUUACAUGCUUGUAUUAAAUUCGUCCUUUUUCCUUCUCACGCGGGUGAUGUCAAUGCAAAUAUUGCUAAUAAAGUGCAGGGUUCAGACAUUGUUCCUUUUA